UUUUAAAACUUUUACGAAGAUGGAGAGGAAGCAUAUAUAAAUUAGUUUGGUUAGAUCUUUUAGUAUUUUUAAGUGUUUAUUAUGCAUUGAAUCUCAUAUAUCGGCUGGCACUUAAUGAUUACCAUAAAGAGUUAUUUGAAAAUUUAGUAAAAUAUUGUGGUGAAUACAGUAAUCUUAUACCCCUUUCUUUUGUGUUGGGUUUCUAUGUAACCAUUGUAAUGACUAGGUGGUGGAAUCAAUACAUUUCUAUACCAUUUCCUGAUUCUUUAGCUGUGUAUGUUAGUGCAACAAUACAUGGUCAGGAUGAGAGAGGCAGGGUGAUGAGAAGAACUGUAAUGCGCUAUGUAUGCCUUUGUUUGACAAUGACUUUUGCAAUGAUUGCACCAAGGGUGAAAAAACGUUUUCCAACACUUGAACAUUUUGUAGAAGCAGGCUUACUACAAGAAAGUGAAAAAGAAAGUUUAGAACAUUUGAAUAAAAAAUUUCCCAGUCAUUCUAAGCAAUGGUUGCCAAUUGUUUGGGCUUCAAGUAUAGUUACCAGAGCAAGAAAGGAAGGAAGAAUUCGUGAUGAUUUUGCUGUGAAAACUGUUUUAGAUGAAUUAAACGAAUUUAGAGGAAGAUGUGGCUUGCUCUUAGGCUAUGAUAGUAUUAGUGUUCCACUUGUUUAUACCCAGGUGGUAACUUUGGCUGUGUACAGUUAUUUUCUAACAACAAUUAUGGGGCAUCAAUGGGUGCAUGGAAAAGAGUACAAAGUAGAUUUAUAUUUCCCUGUCUUUACUACGCUACAAUUCUUUUUCUACAUGGGGUGGCUUAAGGUAGCAGAGUCGUUAAUAAAUCCUUUUGGAGAUGAUGAUGAUGAUUUUGAAGUGAACUGGAUGAUUGACAGAAAUUUACAGGUUUCCUACUUGAUCGUAGACGAAAUGCAUCACGAACAUCCCGAGUUAGUAAGGGACCAAUAUUGGGAUGAGGUAUUUCCUCAAGAAUUACCAUACACAGGAGCCGCAGAAAAAUUCCGGGACCAACAACCGCAGCCUUCAACGGCUAAUAUAGCGGUUAAAAAUGUCCAUAAAGAAUCAGAAACUGUUCCUUCGUCUCUGAAAAUGGAUGACGUGAACUCGUACGGGGAUGAAAUGCAUAGCAUAAUCAAUUUCAGCGCUAGGCCUCAGUAUGGAAGAUCAGAUAGCUCAAAAACUUCCGUAGGAUCAUCAGUUACAGAUGCAAUUCCCCGAAAUAAUUCAGUUGUUAAAUUGUUCAAAAGAUUUUUAUCACGAGAGGACGGGGUCGACAAUAAAGACAGUAAAAGUGAUAGCAAAAGAGGCUCAGCUGCAGACUUGUCCAAUAGUACGACAAAUUUAAAACAACAAUCUGCGGAAUCUAAGCGAAAAUUGGCCAAAGAAAUUAUAGAAGAGGUCGAUGAGCAAUCUACUAUUCAAUCAAAUAAAGAUCCAGCACGUCCGAGUGUAAUCGAUUUUUUUCAAUUUCCUCGUCCGUCAGAUCCUGUGCCCGUUCCUGCUUUUAGAAGAUCUUCGGUACCUAUGCGACAACCUACCCAUCGUUUAAGUGGAACAUCAGCCCCCGGAACGCGCGCAUCAAGAGAUAGUAUGGACGGUAUAAGUAUUGGUUCGGAGGAUGAUGAGUCGUGGGCUGAUGAAUUCACGCGUUUAAAAAAAUUAAGGGAAAAAGAGAGGAAAUCUAGAAUGCUCCAGAACAUCGCAAGAUCAUUAAGUAAUACCAACGAAGAACAGGAAAUGCUUUUGUUUGAACAUAAAUCGGAACCACCACCAACACCGCAAACUCCUAAAGAUGAAAAGUUAUGACAAGUAAGCCUUUAGGAAUCAUUACGCAAAUUACAACUUAACCACGUAGUACUUAUUAUCUUAAUUUAACGCGAAAAAAAAGAAAUUUUAAUGUUAUGUUGUACACAUUCCAUUUUAAUAUAGGACAAUUAUUUUAUUCCUUUAAACAAAGUCAAUUGCUAACCAUGUAUAUAUGUUAUGCACAGUUUCUAUGCAAAAACUUUUUGAUUUCUAUUCAACUGUUUAUAUCAACGUUUUUUAAAUACGAAACUGCAAUUAACCAAAAACAAAGGAAAAGUAUACAAAUAGUGUAAAUAUUUUUCGUAAGGAGGCAAUUUUCUAAACAAUUAACAAAUAAAUAAUAAACAAAUGUCUGUUAACAGUAUUAAUCUAUUUUAAUUAUAAGAGAUGAUUACGAAAUUGUUGUAACUCCGUAAUAACUCAUUCCACGUUUUCAAUAAAUGAAAUAAGUUAUUAGAUUUUAUAUAUGUAAUAUGUACCAUCCUUAAAAUUCAUUUAAAAAAUCAGUACUUACGGAGGUUCGAAAGUUACACUGUUAAAUAAAUUUUUGUUGUUUAAAAAAUAAUAAAUAACAAAUUGUACGAGAAAUAUCUUCAAAAUGUAACUUAAUGAAUCUGUUAAAUAUUAGCAUUGAAACAAAAUAGAUGCUAAAUUUUAAAAGUUAGAUGAAAAAUAAAAAUGUUUCACCGUUUUUAAAAAUCUUCAUAGGUCAUGCAUUUUUAAAAUGAUGAAACGUUUGUCGGUUUUAAAAAAUAAAAAAAAAUAUUCUUUAUCUGAUUAUAAUUAUUUAGCGUCUAGUGCUUAACAGCUUCACUAAAUCAAAUUUUACAGAUGUGCCUAGUAAAUCAGCUAUUUACUAUUAUUUCGGUAAAACUAUUUUUUUUUAAGUGUAACUCGAAUUUUCUUUCAAACUUUGUAGUAAGACAUAUUUAAUCUAUUCACUACAGAUCCACUUAUAUAUUAUUUUUUUUUUAAGUUUUUAUUAUUGUAUCAAUUUUUAAGGAUCAAUGUAAUUACUUUGAUACAAGUGAUAGUAGCUAUCUAAAAUACUCGUCUUAUCUACAAUAUUAUUUAUCAGAAUUUAAUAUAAGAAGUCAUUUUAUCCCAAUGUUGUCACUAAUAUCUUUAGAACAAUGCGUGUAAUAAUAACUUACUUUUUAAAAGACUAAAAAGACCGAGAUCUACCAUAACUUACAAAAAAAUAUGACUGUUACCUACACAAGUAAAGUUGCAACAACAACAUGGUUUGACUGUUUUAUUAAACUUCUUUUAAGGUAAGUGUUUAGUUUUCUUAUUUAAA